AUGGCUGAAGAAAAUUUGUCACGCCUACAGGAUGAACCUGUGUCCAGAUCUGAGUUAACAGGUAUGGUCAAGACCUUGCAAGCUCAGUUGGAUCAGCAAACCGCCAAUUUGCAUGCUCAGAUGGAGCAGCAGACGGUCAACUUUCAAUCCCAGAUGUCUCACCUUGAGGAUAUGAUGGCUAGACACUUUGGCUCGGGUGGAAACUCCAAAUCUCCGGUCCAUCAUUAUAACCUCCGGCAACCGCCCUUCAAUGGCGGUGAGAAUUUUUUUCCAGGGAGCACUAGCCAGGGGGACGAAAUUUUCAAACCGAAGCAAGUUCGCUUGGAUUUCCCGCACUUUGAUGGUGAGGAUGCAGAAACCUGGUGUUGUCGUGCUGAGCAGUUUUUUGAAUACUAUGGCACUCCGAAUGAACACCGCCUACCCCUUUCUUCCUUCCAUAUGGAUGGUCGUGCCCUUGUUUGGUUUCAGGAGUUGCGUGCUAGCAAUUCCAUUCGAUCUUGGCAGGAUUUUGUCCGUUCCUUGCAGAUCCGUUUUGGCCAAGGUUCUUACAAUGACCCUAUGGAGACCCUAUCAAAAUUGAAGCAAGAGGGCACACUUGAGGAAUACAAGAAUCAGUUUGACAUACUGGCUCUUAAGUUCCAGCAACGCACUCACGGCCUUAGUGUCCAAGUGCCGGCUGGUUUCUCUAAGGGUAAUCCUUACCCAACUCCUACUCAGACCAUGGCUCCUGGCCUGUUUAACCCCAAUUUGAACCCGCCACCAGGGGGCGGUCUGCCUGCUCGGGAGGGACCUAAGCCGAGCCAAGCAUUGGUUCCGGUUCAGAAAAUCUCUCCGGCGCAAAUGGAAGAUCGGAGGCGUAAAGGCCUCUGUUAUUCAUGCGACUCUAAGUGGACACGGGGGCAUGUGUGUGCUGUUCCGAAACUGUUUCUCAUUGAGGUUUUGGAUGAGCAAACCCCUGAUCCGGAGAAGGCUUGCGGACAUGUUGAGGGGGACCCGGGUGAAUUUUUUCUAGAUGAAUUUCCGGAGAUUUCUUUGAAUGCCAUUACUGGCACUCCUCAUCCGAAGACGAUGCGUUUGAUUGGGUUGUUACGGUUGCAGCCAGUGGUUAUUUUGAUUGAUUCCGGUAGUACGCAUAAUUUUGUUGACACAAAAUUAGCAGCUACACUUGGCAUUCGACCCUUAGUGCAGGAUGCUAUUCGGGUGAAGGUUGCUAAUGGGGAAGAAAUUACUAGCCCCGGGUGUUGUAAGGAAGUAGAGGUGCGAAUUCAAGGGUCCAGUUUCCGUACUGACCUAUUUAUUCUUCCUCUAGCGGGGUGUGAUGCUGUUUUGGGAAUUCAUUGGCUCCGCACCUUGGGCCCAAUUCUUUGGGAUUUUUCAGCACUUCGAAUGGAAUUCCAACAUGAGGGUGCUACUUGCAUUCUCAAGGGCUUGAAGCAAGGCCCCCAUUUAAGUGUGGAGGGUAGUGAUUCGUUUAGACUACCUAAACAAGAGCAGAAGGGUGUUGUUUUACAGCUCCUCAGUUGUCCUAACCACUGUUUUUCACUCCAAGGGCAGCAUUUAUCACUGAGCCAACAGGAAGUUCCCCCUCCUGUGACCGACGUUCUCAAGGGUUUUGUGGAUAUUUUCAGGGAACCUACGGGCUUGCCACCUAAACGGGUGCAGGAUCACUCUAUUACCCUCCAGCCAGGGGGCCCAGCCGGUCUCGGUUCGGCCCUACCGCUAUCCUUUUUAUCAAAAGGAGGAAAUCGAGAAGAUUGUGAAGGAAUUGCUGCACACGGGUGUUAUAAGGCACAGUCGCAGCCCUUUUUCCUCCCCAGUCCUGCUGGUUCGGAAAGCUGA